UGCCAUGACAACUGAAAGGGGACACAGAGGAAGGGGGUUAGGGUAAAAGGGGGGGGGGGGGAGGGGGAGAAGGAAGGGGGUUGUUUGGGAGGAUGGAGAUUGGGGGAGAGAGAGAGAGAGAGAGACAGAGAGAGACACACACAUGCGCGCAGAGUUGCCGGUGUCUUGACAGUGUGUCGCGGCAGGAAGAGUGGAGGCAGACUGUUUGAGAUCCAGCGAGGGAAUAAUUCAGAAACCUGCUGCUGCUGGAGCAGAAGCAUCACAGAGGCAGAGGACACCACACGGCUGUGCAUGGUCAGAUGAAUACCUUGUCUGCCGGCUCAGAGAUGCAGACUCCGGCUCUUGGCCCACAGUUCAUGGGGGGGCCGCAGGGUAAGGUACCUGGCAGAAAGAGGGGGCGACCUCCCAUCCGAAAGCUGGAGUUCCAAAGUCACUAUGUUGAGCCUAUGUCUCCUCUAAAGGUCCCGAAGAAGAGAGGCAGAAAACCUGGUUUUAAGCUAAAGCCUCGGAUGGUGAUGUCCCCCCUUGCAAACUCUCCUCCAAACAGCACACCAGAGCCUGAGAUGGGCUCUCUCCCACAGGAUGCUGCUUUGGUCCCCCACUCUACCACACUACAAGUCCUAACAGCAGAGACGCCUGUGCCUGAUGACUACUUGUGUGACCCACCAGUGGACUCGAAGCGCUACGCUGUGGAUCCCAGCGACUCAGCCUUUAACCUCAUGGCGUCACAGUACCCACAAAAACCCUCCUAUGGUUACCGUGGCAGCAGUUGCUCUGCUCCAGUGGGCGUGUGCAGACAAGCAUCAUGUCCCGGAAGCUUCCAGGAUGGAAACAGGAACGCUUACAGUCCGAUGCCUGACAGCGCCGAGUGUAAGCGCCCUACUGGUAAAGAUCCGUCCAGCUGGGGCGUUGAGGAGGUGGUUCGGUUCAUCAAAGAUUCUGACCCCCAAGCUCUAGGACCCCACGCUGACACAUUCAGGAAGCAUGAAAUAGAUGGAGACGCUCUGCUCUUGCUGAAAAGUGAGAUGAUGAUGAAGUAUCUGGGACUGAAGCUUGGACCUGCACUCAAACUGUGUUACCACAUCGACAGGCUGAAACAGAACAGGUUUGAGGCAGUCUGCUCCAAAGGAAUGUCGGUCUUCCUCAAGCUGUAGGACCCUGAACAUCUCUGAAGAGACCUCAUGAAGUCCCACCUGUCGGCUGAACCACCACACCUGUUUUUAUAACAAUACUAAACUUGACUUCAUCAGGGUCUUUGGACACUACCUUUUGUCAUAGCUCCUCAUUCUUCAAUGUGUAAACAGUGUGAGACCUAGCCUCAGUGUUUCAGUCUUUGUUUCUGUCCCAGCAUGUCUCAUUUUCUAUCUGUGCUGUACCGGGUCAAAUAAAUUAUUGAGUUUUUCAAUCUUU